AUGAAGCCCAUCAUCGCUAUCCCAGCGACCAUAGCUCUGAUCGUCAGGGCCAGGUCCAAGAACUCUCUAACACUCGCGGGGCAAAUCGCCGCGACGCUCACAGCAAUAGCUCACGCAUAUCACCCUUGGAACUUGCCAUUCGCUCUUCUCUGCGUCUUCUUCCUUGCCGGAACCCGUGCCACCCAUGUCAAAGAAGAUAUCAAGGCCAAGCUGACCUUGCACUCCAAGGGUUCUUCAGGCGGCGAGGGCCCUAGGACUCAUAUCCAAGUCCUUGCCAACUCUCUCGUCGCUUCCAUCCUAUCGAUCGCACACGGAUACCAGCUUCGCUCCCGACAAGCUGCCCUCGCAGACCCGAAUGCCCCGGCUCCCGUCGGGACCCUGUGCUACUCGUGGGGCGGCGACCUCCUCGUGAUCGGCAUCAUCGCCAACUACGCAGCCGUCGCUGCCGAUACGUUCAGCUCGGAGCUUGGCAUCCUGUCCAAGGGAGAGCCUCGCCUGAUCACGUCCUGGAACCUGCGAAAGGUUCCUCGCGGCACAAACGGCGGAGUCAGCCUCGUGGGCCUGGUGGCGGGGCUUUUCGGGUCGAUGAUCAUUGUCACCGCUACGGUUCUACUUUUGCCCAUGUGCAGUGAAGCUACGGAGGGCGCUCCCGGCGGGGGCCGUCCUUGGCUUACGAACGAGCGUCGGGUCUUCAUGGGCGGCAUGGUGAUCUGGGGGCUCCUCGGAAGCGUCCUCGACUCCAUCCUCGGUGGUCUCUUCCAGCAGUCUGUCAAGGACGUCCGGUCCGGCAAGAUUGUUGAGGGCGAGGGUGGUCUCCGAGUUUUGGCUAGUUCCGACUCCGAGUCAUCUGCCAGGGCGGCGGCUAGGGAAGCCGUCUCCAAGGAAGCAGGUGCCAAGUCCGCCAAGAAGGCUCAGGCCGUGACAGUCGAGGAUGAAGAUGAGGACGAGACAGUCGGCAAGUACAGCGCCAAGAACAAACAUCGCAAGCCCAGCUUCGGAGACGAGAAGCCGUCGCGCGUGGUAGAGAACGGGUGGGAUCUGCUUGACAACAACGACGUGAACUUCCUCAUGGCAGUUAUUAUGAGCGUUGGUGCUAUGGCUGGAGCCAGCUGGUAUUGGGGAAUUCCUAUCCAGGACGCCUUGGUUGUCUGA